AGUGGCGUGGAUGCGCUUCUGUCCAAUUCGUUGGCGUCAACACGGCAAGCCGCCAAAUGCACAAAAAGGAGUGAACCCCGCGACCAUAAGACGAGCACCAGAGAAGAAAAGGAAUUCUCGCCUCGCCCUGGAUAAGAUCGAUUUGCGGCAAGAAGAAUGUUUAAUCGCUUGAGCUCUAGGCUGCGCAAUUCUGGAGCUCACGGCCACAGCAACAAGAAGAAGAUCGAUUCACGGCCAGCAUCAUCGCCCCCUGCUGCUCGCAAUGGGAAUCGCCCAUCAUCGCCGGCGAACUGGGACGACACGGAGAGCCUAGACUCGUACAGUGCCUUCCACGCCGAGAGCCUGUUCCCGCUUGAUUCCAGCGGCGAGCAGGCGGUGGAUCCUCUGGCCUCCACCAACGAUCAGUUCCUGGGGAGCCUUUCCUUCAAUUCCUCGUCCGAUGACAACGAUCAGGCCUCCAAGAGAAGCUGGCCGACAUCCUCGUCGGUGCCCGAGGAGGAGAUCAACGUGGGACCGGCUGUUCUUCCCGAGUACGUCGAGGCCGAGGAGCAAUUCCUGGAUGAUUACGAGGACUACUUCGAGAACCUGUCCCUGGACAAUGUGAGGAAGGAGCAGUACUCCAAUCUCGACCUCCAGCGCGUGGUACACCUUGACUACGCCAACAAUCCACUCUUCUCGAGCUACCAGGUGGAGGAACACACGCAGUUUCUUCUGGAAGAGGCUCCCUGCUCGGCAUCCAUUCUCCCAUCCGGCUCUCGGCUAAGAAACCGGAUAGUCGGCCUCCAGAACAGGAUCCUUGGCAUGCUCAACGCAUCCAAGGACGAUUACCCGACGCUCGUCUUGACGGCUGGGGUGUCGGCCAGCUUCCGAUUGUUCGCAGAGAUCUACCCACUGGACAGGAGCAGCCAGAUUCUCGUGUGCCAGGACACGCACGAGUCCAUCCGCCACCUCGUCUCGGCCGCGGCGAGGUCGGGCACCCGAGUUAGCGUUGCCGGGCUGCGAUCGACGGACCUCGCCGCUCCCCGGGGCGAGAUCCAACGGCUGCUAAACAAGAUGGCGUCGAGACUGGUCAUCGGCCAAGGCGGCGGCGUCGUCGUCAUUCCAGCGCAAUCCGGCCUCACCGGCACUCGCUAUGGUGUGGAUUGGAUCAAACAAACGCACGCCAAGGGGUGGCACGCGCUGCUGGAUGUCUCGAUCGCCCUCCCCGCGGCUGGAGUAGUGGACGUCGCGAUCGAGCGGCCCGAAUUCGUGGUGGGCUCGCUGCAUCACGCGCUGGGGUAUCCUCCCGGCGUGGGAUUCCUGGCGAUCAGGCGGGAUGUGGAGGCUCUGGUGAUGAAGAAGCUCAAAUCCAGGACAAGCCCAGCGUUUGUGGAGGCCGCGGGAGUUCACAUUGCUUGCGAGGACGGUGGAAUGGUGAUCAAUGGGCUCACGCUGGCGGCAGUAGCGACGGGAUUGGAUCAUCUGGAAUCGAUCGGCAUGGACAGGAUCGGGAAGAGGGUCGAAUGCCUGGCAGCGUGGCUGCAUGCCAAUCUCAAGAGGAUCAACCACGUCGGCGAGAACUCGCGGCCCAUGAUCAAGGUCUACGGCAGCAAGGAGCGCGAGCGAGGGAGCAUGGUGGUGUUCAAUCUCGUGGAUUCCACUGGGAAUCUCUUCCCGCCUCACAUUGUUCGCAGCCUGGCCGAGAAGCAGAACAUCAAGCUCGGGACUUGCGGAUUCGCGAAUCAUCCACUGGUGGCGCCGAUUUCCCAGCGAUCAUCGUCGGCGCAUCCACUCGCCACAUUCAGGGCCGUGACAAUCUCGCUGGGUGCCGUGUCGAAUUUCCAGGAUGCCUAUCGAUUCGUCCAGUUCUUGCUGCGAUUCAGGGACGAGGAGUACAUGUCGGUGGAGGCCAUGGGAUUCAUCGACGAGUCAGCGUUCAAACAACGUUGAAUGGACUAGCCGGUCGUGUAGUUUAAAACUCUUUGCCGGAAUAUUUAGUGAAUAUUCUGCUAUCUCGAGCAAAAAAGUCCCUUCUCUCAAACAGGAGUAGUAAAGAAUGGCGAUGGCGUCGGCGAGGUCGAUCGUUUUCUCCGGGGCGCUUCUCUGCAAAUCUCUUCCUGCUGUCACUGCGAGGCUCAGCAUUGCUGCGGCGCCUCAUCGGCGGCUCUCAUCAUCGGGUUUGUCGCUCCGUGCGGCCUGCUCGCGGAGGAUCAGAACUUUUGCCAUGUCUGGGAGUGGAGCCGCCGCCGUGGAAUCGUCCCAGAGGAUCGCGUCUCAGCUCGAUCAGCUAGUGGGAGCGAGGGAAGCGAUCAAGGAAGUGAUCACGAAAAUGCAUUGCAAUCCUAUAGUAAUUAGAUUGGGAUGGCACGACGCUGGAACGUAUGACAAGAACAUCAGCGAGUGGCCCAAGUGUGGUGGUGCCAAUGGAAGCCUGCGCUUCCCUAUCGAGUUGGAACAUGGAGCGAAUGCUGGACUCAUAAAUGCUCUCAAGCUGCUUAAUCCCGUGAAGGAGAAAUUCACCGCAGUAAGCUAUGCCGAUCUUUUCCAGCUUGCAAGCGCCACCGCCAUAGAGAUGGCUGGAGGACCCCGGAUUCCAAUGCGAUAUGGAAGAGUUGAUACCGUAGGCCCAGAGCAAUGCCCGAAGGAGGGUAACCUUCCAAGUGCCGGACCCCCAAAUCCUUCCGAGCACCUUCGCAAAGUGUUUCACAGGAUGGGACUGGAUGACAAGGACAUUGUUGCCCUGUCAGGUGCUCAUACCUUGGGACGAUCUAGACCAGAACGGAGUGGCUGGGGAAAAAA